CUGCUCCCUUACCCCGCCUAGAGCCGCUCCUCACUGUCUGUUGGUUGCCCUGGCCUGAGAGGCCGGUGCUGGCAGCACUCGCGGGACCCGUUGCGGGAACCCGCAAAGCAAGCGUUGAUCGCGGACAUGACGCCUGAGGACCAAGAGGAGACCCAGCCGCUCCUGCGGCCGCCAGGCGGCAGCGCUCCCCGCGGCCGCCUCGUCUUCCUCGCUGCCUUCGCCGCUGCCCUGGGACCGCUCAGCUUCGGCUUCGCCCUCGGCUACAGCUCCCCCGCCAUCCCGAGCCUGAGGCGCGCCGCGCCCCCGGCCCCGCACCUCGACGAAGAUGCAGCCUCCUGGUUCGGGGCCAUCGUAACCCUGGGCGCCGCGGCCGGGGGCGUGCUGGGCGGCUGGCUCCUGGACCGCGCGGGGCGCAAGCUGAGCCUCCUCCUCUGCGCCUUGCCCUUCGUGGCCGGCUUCGCCGUCAUCACCGCGGCUCAGAACCUGUGGAUGCUGCUUGGAGGCCGCCUACUUACUGGCUUGGCUUGCGGCAUUGCCUCGCUCGUGGCCCCGGUCUAUAUCUCUGAAAUUGCCUACCCUGAGGUGCGAGGGCUGCUCGGCUCCUGUGUGCAGCUGAUGGUGGUCACAGGCAUCCUCCUAGCCUACCUGGCAGGCUGGGUACUCGAGUGGCGCUGGCUGGCCGUGCUGGGCUGCGUGCCCCCCUCCUUCAUGCUGCUGCUCAUGUGUUUCAUGCCCGAGACCCCUCACUUCCUGCUGUCUCAGCACAAGCGCCAGGAGGCCAUGGCCGCCAUGCAGUUCCUGUGGGGCUCUGCCCCAGGCUGGGAGGAGCCUCCCACUGGGGCUGAGCACCAGGGCUUCCACGUGGCCCAGCUGCGGUGUCCUGGCGUCUACAAGCCCUUCAUCAUCGGCAUUUCCCUGAUGGCCUUCCAGCAGCUGUCGGGCGUCAAUGCCGUCAUGUUCUAUGCGGAGACCAUCUUUGAGGAGGCCAAGUUCAAGGACAGCAGCCUGGCCUCAGUCGUCGUGGGUGUCAUCCAGGUGCUGUUUACCGCCACAGCAGCCCUGAUCAUGGACAGAGCCGGGCGGAGGCUGCUCUUGACCUUGUCAGGUGUGGUCAUGGUGUUCAGCACCAGCGCCUUUGGCGCCUACUUCAAGCUGACUGAGGGCGGCCCCAGCAACUCCUCGCACGUGGACCUCCCAGCGCCUGUCUCCAUGGAGCCUGCCGAUACCAACGUGGGGCUGGCCUGGCUGGCGGUGGGCAGCAUGUGCCUCUUCAUCGCCGGCUUCGCUGUGGGCUGGGGGCCCAUCCCGUGGCUCCUCAUGUCUGAGAUCUUCCCUCUGCAUGUCAAGGGCGUGGCCACCGGCGUCUGCGUCCUCACCAACUGGUUCAUGGCCUUUCUGGUGACCAAAGAGUUCAGCAGCCUCAUGGAGGUGCUCAGGCCCUAUGGUGCCUUCUGGCUGGCCUCUGCCUUCUGCAUCUUCAGUGUCCUUUUCACUCUGGCCUGUGUCCCUGAGACCAAAGGGAAGACUUUGGAGCAAAUCACAGCCCACUUUGAGGGGCGAUGACAGCUUCUUCUUGUGAGCGGCUGCCCAACUUGCUGCACCUGCUUUGAGCCUCAGAGGGGAUGGGGCCUACCUGUGACUCCAAACUGAGCCUCUGCUGGGAGCCCGGAUCCCUGGCUGUCCCCAGGGAGUCAGGAGCCAAGACGGCAGCCCCUCGGAGCCUUGUCCUCUGGGGUCCCUCCUUCCUGCCCAGUGAAGCACGGGGACAAGGUUCCCAGCUGCUGGGUCCAGUUUCUACUGCUGCCCUGUGAUCCGGGAGAAGGAACAUCUCGGAGACGCUUCGCUGUCCCGUGGUCUGUCCUCCACACACCGACUCCAUCAUGACACAAAAGUGACAGCGGAGGAGGGGGGCUCUUGGUUCCUGGUUUUCUGGAGACGCUGGGUGAUGGCCUGUGGUAUCUCCUCUCACGUGGCUGCAUUAUCAGGGAGGAACUUUGCCAAAUAAAUAUUUGACUCAGAAAA